AAAAUUAAGGUUUAUUUCGUUCUACUUCUAGGGUUUUACGAGAGUACAGAGCCAAAGCGCCAAUUUUUGCAAAUCCGCCUAAGAAAUGAGACCUUAAAUGGCGUAUUCAAUCCAUAAUCCCCUCUCGCGUGACUGAAAAUGGAAGACUUGGACACGAAAACGACAAGAUCUCCGACUCCGCCGCCGCCGCCGCCGCCGGAAGAACCAGACGCGAAGAAGCUGAAAAUGUCGACCAGCACCACCUCAGACGACGAAGAAAUGACCACCGGAAACGCCAAAAAGGAAAGGUACAAGCGCCGCAAAAUCGCCAUCUUCUUCGCUUAUUGCGGUGUUGGAUACCAAGGGAUGCAAAAGAACCCAGGCGCUAAAACCAUAGAAGGCGACCUCGAAGAAGCGCUCUACCUCUCCGGCGCCGUUCCCGAACAGGACCGUUACUGCCCCAAACGAUACGAUUGGGCCCGAUCGGCCCGUACCGAUAAGGGCGUCAGCGCCGUGGGCCAAGUGGUCUCGGGCCGGUUCUACAUCGAUCCGCCGGGCCUCGUCGAGCGCCUCAAUUCCAAGCUUUCGCCGCAGAUUCGGAUUUUCGGAUACAAGCGCGUGACGGCGUCGUUUAACGCCAAGAAGUUCUGUGAUCGGAGAAGGUAUGUUUAUCUUAUUCCGGUGUUUGCUCUUGAUCCAAGCUCGCAUCCCAAUAGAGAGAGCGUCUUGGCUAGUUUGGGAUCUGAGAGUGAGCUUGUUAAGUGUGUCGAAUGCUCCGAAAGAGGCCGCAAGGUUCCGGGGUUGAUGGGAAAGCGGAGUUAUGAGUUGACUGGUGCGAGUUUUGAUUCGGGCAUUUCGUUGAACAUCUGCGAUGCAAAAGUAGACUCUGUAGUUAGCGACGAAAACGUAGUUGCUUCAAUAAAUGAUAUUGGGGAAGUUAAGGUUGAAAAUGGGGAUUCGGAAACCAACCAUGCGAGUUUUGAUUCGGGCAUUUCGUCGAACAUUUGCGAUGCAAAAGUAGACUCUGUUGAAAAUGGGGAUUCGGAGACCAACCGUGCGAGUUUUGAUCUGGGCAUUUCGUCGAAUAUUUGCGAUGCAAAAGUAGACUCUGUAGUUACCGAGGAAAAUAGAGUUGCUUCAGUAAAUGGUGUUGGGGAAGUUAAGGUUGAAAAUGGGGAUUCGGAAACCAACCGUGCGAGUUUUAAUUCGGGCAUUUCGUCGAACAUUUGCGAUACAAAAGUAGUCUCUGUAGUUAGGGACGAAAAUGGAGUUGCUUCAGUAAAUGGUGAUGGGGAAGUUAAGGUCGAAAAUGGGGAUUCAGAAACCAACCAGGUUGAAGGUAGAACUCUGGACAAUGAGGUUAGUACUGGUGAGGAAGGAAAUGUCAAUGGAGAGCAGAAGCCUGAGAAGAGAAGUGAUUUUUCUUAUGGUGAGAAGGAGAGAGAGAGGUUUAAUAGAAUUUUGAAGCACUAUGAGGGGACUCAUAACUUCCAUAACUUCACCACCAGAACGAAAGCCGAAGACCCUGCAGCUCAGCGAUUCAUCAUUUCGUUCAAUGCGAACACGGUCAUACCGGUUGAAGGCAUGGAAUUUGUCAAGUGUGAGGUGGUGGGGCAGAGCUUCAUGCUUCAUCAGAUCAGGAAGAUGAUUGGGCUUGCUGUGGCAAUCAUGAGGAAUUGUGUUCCCGAGUCCUUGAUGGAGAACGCUCUGCAAAAGGAUGUUAACAUCAAUAUACCAACGGCUCCUGAAGUUGGUUUGUACUUGGACGAGUGUCUGUUUUCAUCAUAUAACAAAAAGUGGAAAGACAGUCAUGAAGAGAUGUCGAUGAAGGCAUAUGCAGAAGAGGCGGAGGAGUUUAAAAUGAAGCACAUAUACUCGCAUAUUGGAUUGACAGAGCAAAAAGAAGGUGUGGUGGCUCUUUGGUUGCACUCUCUGAACUAUCGGAAUUACCCGGAUUUCCAAGCAGUUGAUAACAAAAACACAACUAACAAUAAUAGUACUGAUGUGGAGAACAAGGUUGAGUGAAAUGAAAUGCCUUGCAGGCAUCAGGUUUCUACAUAUAGAUUUAUCCUUGAUGUAUGCCUUUAUUUAUUUAAGCGUGCUUACAUACUAAUUAUAUGGCUAUAGAAACCUCCGAAUUUUUGGAUAUUGUGAGCAAGAAUUCUGUUUGUUUUUUCAGCAAGGAAUUAUAUUUCACGUGUCAA